AUGGCUGGCCCAGGUGGUGGUCCCCCGCGACGCAGCCACACCAAGUCGCGCAAGGGCUGCGAUAACUGCAAACGUCGGCACAUCCGAUGCGACGAGAACUUCCCCCAAUGCCGUAACUGCACCAAGCACAAGGUCCGGUGCCCGUAUAACGAUGUACCCGUCCCGGAUGAGAGAGCGUCGACUCCUGACAAGCCCGAUCUCAUGUGGACUCGUGACAUUGAGGUCUCCAUCGAGCAGUGGCAGCGAACUGGAAUCUUCCCGUUCCCGAGCCUCAACAUCUACCCUGCUCCGGCUCCGGAGUACUUCUCUCUGGAGGACCUCCGCUUGAUCUUUCACGUUGCUGCUAUCUGCGAUGAGAUGAGUGCCAUGGAUGCCAACGGGUUCACCCUCUGGACCCGCCAGAUUCCCAUAAUCCUCAAGAUCGGUGCUACUCAUGGCUACGUGAUGCAUGCCCUGCUCGCCUUCUCUGCCGAGCACAUUGCCUUCUUGACAAACUGCCCGCAUGUGGGCAGCAUGGCCUACGAGCACCGCGGCAUCGCACUCAAGGGAUUGCAGGGGGCCAUCGGGACCUUCUCGCAGGAAAACUCGGACGCCGUUCUGGCUGCCUCACUUGUGCUCUCGUGGCAGGCCACAGAUUGGCGAAGCUGGACCCAGCUGAUGCAAGGGACCUCAUCCGUGAUCGACGCUAUGGAUCCUUGGAAGCACGAGUCCCAAUUCGGGGAGUUCAUUGCCGAAAGUAGCACGUUCCCUACCGCACCCCCGUCCCCGACGCCGGAUCACAAACCCCACCAGCCGCGCAAGGAGGACCUCGAGGCGUUCCAGCGCAUCAUCAACCAGCUUACCAAGGUUGAGGCUCACCUGAAGCAGAACAAGGAAGACCCUCAGCUGGCGACGCAGCUGGUGUGCUUCCUCAAAGGCGCCCGCAAAGUCAGCCCGAUCCAGUCUAUCGAGGACCAAUUUGAUCGCCUGCGGCCGCUCAGGACUUGGCUCUUCUGGCUUCCUGUUAUGUGCUUCAAGCAGAACGGCACAUCCCCGAGUGCCUUGGUCGUCAUUGCUCACUACUAUGCUGCCGCCAUCAUGAUGGAACGCCUCUUCCCGGAGAUCGGCGCAGCUUACUUCGGCAGCCUCGCCAUCGGGCCGGUGGAAGAGAUCGCGCGCCGCCUACUCUCGAUCAACGUUUCCGGAAGCCUCGAUGGAGACUCGCAGACACCGCUCACCCUUAUGGAAUUCCCCAUCGACACGGUUAAUGAGUUCCGAUCGCGCAUGGGCUGGGUUCACCCGGUUCGUACGCCUUCGUUCCCGCAGUUCGACCCGCCCAAUUUCUACAUGAGCGAGAGCAUGCCGCACGGGACGCCGCCCGCCGCUGCUUCAUACUUGCCCUACGGAGACAACCCAGCGUUCAGCUGGAGCACCGAAGACCUCUCCGUCAUGGGGCCCGAGCAGGAGUCUGGCAGCGCGGUCAGCCCGCUGGCCAUCUCUUCGCCGUACCCGAGCCAGCAGUAUCUCAACAUCCCGUCGCCGUCGUACGGGGGUUACAGCCCGGUGUCCUCUACGUUUGGUGAAGGCUCCCUUGGGUACAGCGACCAUGAAGAGUUCGGGUCGUGGGAUACGGGAUUGACGGUUUAUCCGCCUCUCGGCUCUGCUGGGCCCAGCAACUUUGGUGUCGGGUUCGUCUCUCCAAUCCAGGCCGUGUGGAUCUAA